CAUUUUAUUGUUUCCCUUCUACGUGGCUUUACCGAAAGAACCACGAAUAUGAAUGCCCUGCAGUCACGAAAGCUUUAAAUCAAAAUGUAAGCAGGGACUGUUUACAAAAUACGUAGCGAGACUGAAACCUCGUAUAAGUUGGAAGUAACGUGGGGAGUCACCACCUGCUGAUGGGUGUUUAUUGAGAAUGCAGAAGUGACUCAGUCUGUGACUUCAGGCUGGUUAAUCGUUGAUAUGCCAGAUUUGUUUGUGUCAUCUCCACGUUCGGAGGCCGACGGUCAACAUGCAUUUGACAUCUUCACAAUUCUGGCAAAUCGCCUGAUGAGGCUGGUUGUAAUCACCAGCGAAACAUCACUGUACUCAAAUGGUAAAUGUUGUGGAUUUACUCCAACACAACCGAUGUCCUGAAGUAGUAACUAAUUGGCACGUUUUGUUUACAUGACGAACCUUUCUUUUCUGGUAGUGGCGGGUUAACGGCACAUUUAUAAUUGCGCAGUCUAAACUUUCGUUAUGCGUAUAUCAGCACGUUCCUCUCAGCACGUGGUCUUGUGAUCUUUCCCAUACUGAGCUGGGUCUACUCCUCUGUUACCCCCCCUACCCCACCACGUCCGUCUUUGUCUUCAUCUUGCCCGUAUAUUUAGUAUUUGCUAGGAGAAGGCGUGGAAAUAGGGCUCCUUUUUUGAGCCGCGCAUGACUUGCUUGCGCUGUGCCAUCUUUGGCUGUCAUUCUGGAGCCGUUCUGCUAAUCACGGCUGUGUUUGACGAAGCUGGGGCGGCGGGGGAACGGGACAGCCUUAAAGGGAAGAAUCUGCUGCCCAUAUAAUGAAGGUCCAGAUGAAGUAAAAUAGCUUGUUGGCUUUCAAGGAAAGUGGGGGUUUGGCUGUGGCAGGGUCGGAGCGGAGGGGACGCAAGUUAUACACCCAGGGGUCACCGUCUCUCCGAUUCGCCACACUCGUGCAAGCAAGCGUGUGUGUUAUUCGGUUUAACACGUGGGCUUUCGCGACCAAUGUUAUCCAUAAUAAAUAUGUCGUUAAAGUCCGCGUUAUUUUUGUGUGUGUGUACGUUUCACAAAAAAGUGUAAAAAUAAAAUGUUGAAAUUGAACACGAUUUCAGCUUUAUCCUUAAGGAGGUUAGCAGCAGCUGGAGGCUUGAUUGUUCUUUGCUUGCUAGGGCAACCUUAAGUGCCGGGCGAUCUGCAUAAGAACGCGUGGAAUGUUUCGUGUCACAGGGGUGGUAGGGUAGGUGGGGGGGGGUGGCUCUCAGCCCCAGUGGCUGCCGUGGCCACACCGCGGCAGCCCUCCUCCGUGUGACGACGUCUCCCGAGGUCGUCUCUACCCCUCCGGUUGCAGGAGCCCACUGCCGGUCCCCAGCGCAGAGUGCGGCCAGUUCCGAGUGAAGUUUUUUAGCCCGGCCUGCACCCGAGAGGAGUGUCGGGUCACUUCGGGGACGCAAGGCCGGCCUGUCAAUACAACGGAACACCACACACACACACUUGUUGUGUGUGUGUUAUGUGUUUUUUAAACGUCCCAGUAUAGUGCCAUACAACUGACUUCCUAAAAAGUCAACGCAGGCUCGGGUUGUGUUUGCCCGGGGGCAUUUUUGAGAGGAGCGAGUUGUUGGGACAAGAAGAAUGGGCCAGGCGGCCUCUCCCGUCGAGGGCUCAAGCUCAGAGUCUGACUCAGAGGAAGGCUCCCGGGCGGUGGCCACGCACGCAGAGCACCUCCCCCACGGGGUCGCGCAGGCUGAGACGCCGCCCGCGCGCCGCAAGAGCAAGCUCGCCAGCGGCCUGAGCAAACUCUUUCACUGGAAGUGGAAAAAGAAGAAGCACAGUCAGAAGUUUGAGGAGACCUCGGCUGAGCUGGAGAGAAAAAUUUCGACGAGGUUGCCUCGGGAGGAGCUGAUCAAGAAAGGCCUCCUACAGGAGUCUGCGGAAACCGGGGUUCCGUCCGUGUUGCCGAGCCUUCCCGAGGAGGAGCCAGACAAGCCGGAGCAGCCGGAGCUUGGCAACGGGCACGUGGAGAGUCGGGAGGAAGCGCAAACCCAGCAUCGGCUCGAGCAGCCGGAGCCGCAGCCCUCCCCCGCGGAGGCCCGGCCCAAAUCUGAACCGUACAUCGCGGCUGAGAAGCCUCCGCCGGGACCGUCCACGCGGGCAUCCGUGGCCCUGCCGCUGCCGGCGCACGCGCGCCUCCAAGUCGACCGCAAAUCAGCCCUCGUGGCCGCCACCGCCGCCGCUACUGCCGCCGCUACCGCCGCCGCCGCCGAGGCCGGCGGAGCCAAGGGUGCCGAGCCCAAGGCUGCCGGAGGAGAAGCCGCGCCACCGGCCGCCCUCGUUGGCGUCCCUGCGGUCAAACCGGUCCCCUGCCCGAGGACGUCCAUCCACGCUGGCCCCGCGGCGGAAGGGGACGCUGCCGUGAGUGGCGAGACGAAGAGGGCCGAGCGUGCGGAAGAGCAGAGGCAGAGCAAGGCCCCCGAAGCGAACGGCGGUGGCCCUGCGUGGGGGACGUUCCCACGCACCCAGGCGGGGAAUGGUCCUCCCCUGUUGCCUCAAAAAUCAUUCUCCCCCAAUCUUAGCUCGCUGAUGGGCGGCUUGCCUUCCCGUAUCACUUCUCCACCUCCGCCUUUACCCCCUAAGUCAACCUCCUACGGGUUUGACGGCCACGCCGGGGAUUCUACCGCAGCCCCGUUGCCAUCGGUGGCCCCUCCAGUUCCUCCGAAGAAGGUCUCUGUGACUGCGUCAGGGAUUCCCAGACGCAAUGAAUCCUCGCAACCACAGGAUCACAGCCAUCCGCCACAUCCAGACGGCGAAAACCUCUCGGAAUCCGAGGAGCCUCCUCCGCCGUUUGCGCCUCCGGCCGUCCACCCUAAACCACCCGCCUCGAUGCGACCUCAGAGCACCAACUCCCCCAAGCUGCCCAGUAAAUCGCUGGUGUACCACGCGCAGCCACACUCGCCCUCCACGCAUCACCGCGUCCCGCCAGUUCUCCCCAGCGACACCCACCACGCUCCGACGCCCUGCCGGCCUCCCUCGCCCCCGCAGGAUUCGACGCCAUCCGGCCACUCGUGCGAACCCCAGGGUCUGCUGCUGCAGUCCCAGCCCAAGAACUUCAGCAACGAGCUGAAUAAGCUGCUCAAAUUUGGGCCGCCGCCCCAGGGGCGGAAGGUGGUAGUGAAGGCCCCGGAGCCGGUGCCUGACGAGGCGGACGAUGACGAUCACGACGACAGCGGCGGCGACGAAGAAGAAAGAGGGGGAGAGGCGUCCACGCAGGAGGAUGCUGAUCACUCUCAGUCGGAUUCCGAUUCCGACGAUGGCCCGAUUCUCUACAAGAACGAUGAGGAGGGGGAAGAGGAGGAUGUGCCAAUUACAAGUGCAUUUGCAAGCAAGGUCGCACGCAAAGACUCUCUCGCAAUCCUAAUUGGCCAGCAAUCCUCCUCCAAGGAGCAGGAGAACAAGAACAUCUCUCCUGGGCAGGCAGACCUUGAGCGGCUGAAGAUGCGCAUGAAUAUCGGCAACACCUUGACCCGACGCCUGAGCCAGCGACCGACUGCUGCCGAGUUGCUGCAACGAAACAUCCUGAAACCGGUGGUGAAUGAGGACGAGCAGCAAGAGGCGAAACAGGAGCUCAAACGCAGGCUCACGCGGAAGUUGAGCAUGAGACCGACAGUGGAGGAGCUGCGUGAGAAGAAGAUCCUGCUCCACUUCAACGACUACGUGGAGGUGGCCGAGGCCCAGGAUUACGACCGGAAAGGCGACAAGCCGUGGACAAGGCUCACGUCCGCCGACAAGGCUGCCAUUCGAAGCGAGCUGAAUACGUUCAAGAGCACGGAGAUGGAGGUGCAUGAAGAGAGCAGAAGGUUCACCAGAUUUCACAAACCGUGACGGGGGCGGGGGUGGGGGGGGCGGCUGGAGCCAGCAGCACAAGUACCCUUCAAUGUGAGACUGUGAUGAAGGGGGGGUCCUCCUGCUCCGUGCCGCUUGGACAUGGAGGGGAGCGGCGGGGGAUGAGCUCCCGGUGCGGUGGAUCACCACGGACCGCCGUGGUGCCCCAUGCGCGUUGUUCCCUUCUUGGGCCCCGAGCACCGACACACACUAAAGAUGGCAACUGACCCUGGAGCCAUCCUCUUAGCCUCAUGAGGAAGCCUUUUUAUUUAUGUUUUAUUGAUUGAUUAAUUUUUUUAAACGUAUAACACUGAAAGCAUCGGGUCAGUUUUAUUAUUAAGCAAAAUAACUGCAUGUAAUUUUUAAACGUUUAAAAAUGUAACAUUUUUAAUUGGGAAACAAAUCUACGUCCCGUAACACAUCUGAAAUGAUGAAUAAUAAAUGCAAUGUGCCAUGCGGCAGUCACAUUCGUUUUAACUGAGUUUAUCAAUUCAAAAAUCUGUGGGUGUAUUUUAUGACUCCUGAUGUCACUACCACUGCUAGGUACGAUAUUUGGAAGUAAAUAAUUUGAUUGUUUUUAAAUAAUUAAACUUGAAUAAAGCCUGCACUUAAAGUACAUGAUAAACAGGUAAACUUGGACAAUUUGUAUCCUAAACCUUACGAGGCUAUUGUUAAACCGACUGAGUCAGGAUUAAAUAUAUCUGAUGAGUGUUAACAAAUACAAAAGUGAAUGUUUAAAUAAUGUACUGUAUAUAGGUAGACGUUUAGAAAAGCGCUAAUUGUGGUACACG